GAUGACGUAAUGUUGACGCGACUCUCCUGGAUCUAGCCCUAGCAAGAGGGACAGUUUUUAGCUAACGGAACUCUACUCUUUCCUUCAACUAAUAACUGUUAUUUUAACGUCUUUCAGAUCCACCUGCCUCAGGUAUCAGUGAUGUCUCAGCAGACGGCCCCCCUCGCCCCGGACUCCCCUGCGCUGCUGGUCACCAGCAACGUGCAGAAAUAUGCCAUCAAGAAGAAGAAGGUCCUGAGCGCGGAAGAGGCGGAGCUGUUCGAGCUGACCCAGGCUGCGGGGGUCACCAUGGACCAGGAGGUCUUCAAGAUCAUAGUGGACCUGUUAAAGAUGAACGUGGCUCCUCAAGCGGUCUUCCAGACUCUGAAGUCGAUGUUGGCAGGUCAGAGGGUCGCUGAGAGCUGCGGCAUCGGGGAGUCUUCAACGGCGCCCCACACUACCAGCAUCACCACGGCACCAACCGAAGCCAGAGAAGAGGACUCUUUGGUCUCUGGAAAGAGCCCUAAGCGUCCUGCAGCCCCCCCCUCAGCGUCUGGCCCCAGAGCCACAAGGGUCAGCACUAAGAUUGUGGUCUACGGCCCCCAAGAUGCUAACCCUCCUCACUCUCAAGCAGUGCGCAGUAAGGCAGCAGCGGGCCACAGUGAGAGGAGCAGAGAGGCCUCCAGCCAGCGGGUGCAGCGGCAGCCCAGCGCCACCAGGGGGCCUAAGACCAAGAGCUCCGGCAGCAGCAGCUCCUCCUCUCAGAUAAACUCCACAUGAGCCCCAGGUCAACAUGACACCGUUUGUAAAUAUGUAGUUUUCUUUAAAUCUAACUUAUCUCUAUGUAAAACUGAGUGAUGUGUUUUUAAAGGGUUGUUUCUCCCAAAUUACAAAAACAAACACUUUUCUUUUCAUCAUUACAUGAGAGUUGAAUUUAUUUUUGUUAGCGCAGAUAACAGUAUCAAAAUGUAACGUAUUCACAGUAUUUUAGCCUAUAGUUGUUAACAUUUUGGCUAAUUGGCACAGUUAAAAGUACGCUGAAUUAUUUAUUUGCAGUUACUAUUUCGAGUGUAGUAAUGGACAUAAAGAAAACUAUCUCUGGAUGACUUUGAUACUGAGAAAAACAAAAAAA